CGCUCCUCCUGCCGUGCCUGGGCCAUGGGGGCGGCUGCCGGCGCCGCCGCCCCUGAGGGAGCUGUGGCCGCAGCGCCCCUGGAUACCGGGCGCGGGCUGUCCCUGCCCCGGGGGCCUGGGAGCUCUGCGGCAUCCCAGGACAAGCUCUUCUUAAUCAAAGGUGGAAUUUUUCUAGGUACUGUUGCUACAGCAGGAAUGAUAGCAGGUUUUGGCACUACACUUGCAAUGACAAAAAAGAAGAACCCAGACUGGUUCAGUAAGGGGAUUACUCCCACAGCUGCACUACCAGAGAGUGGUUCAUCACUGGCCUUACGAGCACUAGGGUGGGGCUCACUCUAUGCAUGGUGCGGAGUUGGAUUGCUGAGUUUUGCCAUCUGGAAGGCUCUGGGCGUGCACAGCAUGAAAGAAUUCCGAAGUAAGAUGCAGUCAAUCUUUCCAGCAAUUCCUAAAAAUAGUGAAUCCAGUCUUGAAUGGGAAAACUUACUUAAAUCCAAAUGAAAGACUCAGAGCCAUUUGAAGGUGUCUCUUCCAGCGAGAACAAGAGUGGAAGUAGCAGAAGUGUCUCCUCUGGAAAACAAAGAAGACUCAGACUGAGCACUACUGACUGAGUGCAUGGAACCUGGGAAUGCCAGUAAACAUCCAGGAGCAAGGGAGUUCAAGCCAAACCAAACCAAUUAGUACUAUACUUUUUAGCAUGUUUGGUAUAGUUGAUGAUAUUUUCAUGAGAAAAUGAACCAAGAUAACUUGGAUUCAACUGGAAAAAAGACUUUUUCGGAGACUUAGAGAAAACACUACGUUUCUUCUUGAUUAGUCGAUUGAUGUUAUUGAUUAGUAAAUAUAUGAAUAUAAUCCAAAUAAACUCCUGUCCCAUCCUACCUUUCAAGAAGAAUUUUAUGAAAUUUCUCUAGGAAAUGAAAACAGUACUUUCAGUGACUUGUCCUGUUAGGAAUAUAACCAUCAAGUCAAUCAUAACAGAUCUCUUGCUGAGCCUGAGGGUAAAGCAUAUAGUGCACUCUUCAAAAAGAAAGGACAUAUUUGAAUUUGCAACAGAGAAAAUAUCUAAAUGAUUUUUAUAUGUCUGAAGGGUAAGUUUAAAACCCAGUAUGCAAGUAGUGACCUACAAGCUCCUCUGCAGAGCAUUAGAAGAGAUCUCUACAAAGGUCACUGUUUUCUCAGUAUUAACUUUUUAAAAUUGGAUCCCACAAUAAUGAAUUUGAUUUUGUGUAUAAAAGUCUCUACUAUAUUUGUAUUUCAAUUGAAAUAGUAAGUGAAAAAGUUAUAAAAUAGUAAGACACCCAGUCAGUCUUGCACUAAUGUUUUCAGCUUAGAAAGUGUAUGGGUAGGACUAAUUUUGUGUGUUCCAGUCAUUUCUGUGGCUCUUCUACCAGGAGAAGCAAUGUGACAUUUUCCACACUGCAGCAAUCUCAUGAAGUGUGGGUGUAAACCAGAAAGAGUAAUGUCUUACUCAAACGUAUUUGCAGAACUGAAGAUAUGUAAAACUGGAGAAAUAAAAAAAAGUGCCAUCAGUGAACUGUC